AAAUAAUAACGUGUAUAGAAAGCGCUUUUUUACAAGCUACGCAUAGAUAAAGGCGCUCGCAAAGACAGCCCUAACUGGGCCUCGCAAGGAUUAGAGGGGUCCCCGAGUGACAUUGGACUCCGUCAAGUGGCGUCGUACUAGGCGAGCAGCCGGAGAAGAAGCGGAGGUUGUUUCUUUGGCGUGUGCCCUGUUUGUCCGCUCACUCCGCCGCCAUGUUCCGUCUUAUGAUGCAACAGGCUAAACGGCACCCAAGCUUGAUUCCUCUCUUCUUGUUUAUUGGAACUGGAGGAACUGGUGCAGCUUUGUAUAUCAUGCGUCUUGCUCUUCGCAAUCCUGAUGUCUGCUGGGACAAAACGAAUAACCCAGAGCCUUGGAACAAGCUGGCACCCAAUGACCAGUACAAGUUCUUUGCAGUUAAUGUGGACUACAGCAAGAAGAAGAAGGAAGGUCCAGACUUCUGAAGAAAAAGCUUUCACCCUCUACAAGCUGCACAACAUGAAGGUCUUUAGGUCUUCCAGAAGCCAUCCGCACAAAUCAUAAUUUAAUCAUCCAGGAAAUACAAACUUCAGUUGCACAUCGCACUUAAAUCAUGUUUUGGAAAAGAGCUUGUUGGAACUUAAUAAAGAUCUAAUCUUAAUACUG